AUGGCGGGCAAGUUUCAAAAUAUCAAGAAGGCAUUCAAAAGACAUUCUCGGAGUAAGCGAUUUGUUGCGGACUUGAGCUCACUGUGGUUGGUGAAAAGAGAAAGUGUAGAUGCAUUAUUUAGCAGAGAUGAAGAGGAUCUCAGGGGUGGAGUGGAAGCGAAAGGUCUACACUCAUCAAUGAAUAAGGUCGCAAGCAGUGCAGGGAUGCAGUUGGGCAAAGUGAAAGAAGACAUUCUCAGGGAAGGAGAGAGGCUUUACUCAAGCUUGGAGCGUAUAGACGGUGAGAUGAAUGUGGGGGUGUUGGAUAAUGAGAUGUUGAAUAAUAAGUUGAAAAAUAAGUUGAAAAAUAAGUUGAAUAGUGAGAUGUUGGAUGGUGACAGUAUGCUGGAUUACGAUAAAACAAAUAGAAGGGAGAAUUCGCGACUUGCAGAGAGAGAAAGAAAAAAAGAGACUGCGAGAAUUGGAAUAGAGAUGGCCUGCUCGGGGCCAGAGAUGGUGUUUUAUGUAAUUCUGGCGGCAGCCGAUUACGUGGUUGGGGUAUUUGGCAAGUGGGUGCGGGCCUGGUGGCUGGUUGCAGUGGUUGCAAUUGUUUGGCAAGUUGUGGGAGCUGGAUUUUGA